AGUCGAGAACAGUCAAUGACGGAGCAGUCACAACUCGCCAGCUCCGAUGGAUCAUGCGCAAGCAUGAAAAAGAUAUGUUGGAGCUGAAGGCUUCAAUUCAGUCAUUGAGUGUAGCAAUGUAGACGAUUGAGGACCAUAUUGUUGGUCGGAUUCUUGACGGCCUUAAAUCACAAGGCGGUCCAUCUCACAGUGCUGGUCUGGAGCACGAUGAUGCUGAUGAUGGACAACAUCAUGAACUUGGUGUUGACAUUGACGAUGACGUUUUUGGUGCUGAUGGAGAGCACGUAACUCAUGUAGAUGACGUCGUCGAAGAAGCUGUGGCAGUGGAUGUCACCCUUCAGUCAGAUGCUGAAGGAGAACAUCUUCCUCCGGCCUAUGCAUUCAUCGACGCAGCAGCAGGAGCUAUCGUUCAUUAUCGUGAGAGCACUCCUGAUACAGUUGAGAUACGGUUGUCGUCACCAGAGUCAUUUGCUGUCCAUCAUGGUGCAACAAAAGUUUCAAACCCAACUGAGCGGGCACGGUUGAAAAUGGUGAACAAAUACAUGGCAAGCCCAUUCGUCGACCCCUUAGUGACCCGUCGAAAUGUGAGGGAUAAUAUAGGAAAAGACUACGAAGCUUUCAAGAAAGAGGAGUCUGCGAGGUAAGCUCAUAAAUAAAAUUGCAAAUAUUGUUUUUCAAUGAAACAGUUAUCCACCAAGACUUAUGAAAUUAAUUAUGUUACAUAUGCAAGUGUAACAUCGGCAUCUUAGGGGAUCAAGGGGCUGACUUUUUCAUAACCUUAGAGGAUCCUAAUAAGGAAAUGACAAGUGAACAUAUCGACGCAUGCCUCAGCCUAUUCUGCAAGCGGAUGACAGGGCCGAAGUCGAAGUUGUACACUACCCGUGCAUGCAUGGUUGACACGAUAUUCUCCACACCAUCCGUAUACUACACACAGAAUUUCCAACAGAAGAUGCCCAAGCCAAAAUGUAAAUUCGAUGAGUUGCGGGGCUAUGUGGAGGGUGAAAGGCCAACGUACGCCAAAAAAUGGAAAGAUGUUGAUUUCAUCAUCGUGCCUUGCAACGUUGGUGGGCAUUGGGUGGUUGCGAAGAUCGACUUGGUGAGGUGGACGAUCAAGGUUGUGGACGAAGCAAUAACUUCGAAUGCUAAGGAUAACGGAGUUCGUGCGGGUCAGAUGACACCCUUGACGACAAUGAUGCCAUUAAUCUGCCACCAAGCCGGUUAUUUCAACAACAUACGUAGGAAGAGACGGGAUUUGACACCGAUGCCAUUGGAUAUUCAUUUACCAAAAACUAAAGUGCAUUGGCAGAAUGAUAGUGUCAGCUGCGGUAUGUUCAUGAUAGGGUACAUCGAGCAUAUUUUGCAAUCAGAAAAGAUCAGAAUUAAGCAGAAUAUGAUUGCAAAAAUGCGUCGGCAAUAUGCUCUGGAAAUUUUUUCCAACAAUUGGGAGAGUGAACCUUGAACAUAUAGGCCCUUGUUUGUAUAAUUUUUUUGGUACACAUAAAUUUUUUUAUACAAUUCAUUUUAUACACAUUUUUUGUACACACUUUUUAUUGAAUACAAUUCAUUGUAAACAGAUAUAAUUCUUUCUGUAUACACAAUAUACUUUG